AUGAAAACAUUGAUCAUAAUAACACUUAUUUUAAUUUGCCAUUCAUAGAAUGGAAAUGAAACAAGAGAGUUAGAAAUAGGAGUUAUUGAAUUUGAAGAAGCGAAAGGAUCAUAAAUUUAUAAUCAAGUAUUUAUCUAUUAAAUCUUAGCUAGUUCGAUUUGAUAAUCCAUUCACAAAAAUUCCUUAAGUAGCAUUAGCUUUGGUAGAACAUACAUCUACAACAGCAUUAUUUGCAAAAGUGAAAAAUAUAACUUAGAAUGAAUUUAUUAUUCAAUUUUUUAGUGCUGUCACUUUGAAUGCAACAUAUAGAUAUUUAGCAACAACUGAUGAAGAAGUCUACAUUAACUGUUCAAAUUUUAGAGCUUCUCAAUAAGCAAUAUUUAAUUAUCCUUAAUUCUAAUAAAAGGUUGAAGCAAUAGCAUUCCUUGUUGGUUAUCAUCAUAAUGGAUUUGUUAACAUUUCAAUAAACUAGAAUAAAAAUACACAAGUAAAGUUAUAAAUUAAUACAAAUGAUGUAUAAUAAACAGCAAUAGGAAUGUGUUUGAUUAUUGGAAGCAAUCUUUAAUUAGAUGAAUAAGCAGAUGCUCCAAAAUUCAGUGGUAGAGUAAGCAGUCAAGGUCAUAUAAGAUCGUUAUCCUUUUCACCAAGUAUAUUUUAAAUAUUAUUAAUUGAGGUUUAAUAAAAUAGUGGACAAGCAAAUUAAAAUACCAUAGAACCAUUAAUUGAUUUGGUAAUAAUUUUAAUUAACUAAAGAAAACAUUUUUUGAUCAAAGUUUCAAUAAUCAAAAUGAAUCACCUUUAAAGAAUGAAUAAAAUAUUGUAUAUUCAGAUACCAAAAACUAAUUACAAAUUUAGAUUGAUGAAUAAUUUAAAUAACAGAAAAUGGAAGAAUCUGAAUUAUUAUCAGUUCAAGAAUUAGAUUAAGAAGAAGUUUAAGAAGAAAUUAGUCAGAAUAUUAGUGAAGAAUUAAGUUCUGAUGAUUUAAGUGAAGAGGAAGAUGAUGAAUAUUUUUGGACUUCUAAAGAAAAAGAAAAGAAUUCCUCUAUUAAUUUUGAACUAUAAUUGACUUUACUUUAAGAUGCUUUAAAAAAGAAACCUCAAAUCUAAUAAUAAACUAUUAAAGAAUUAAUUAAGAAAACUUCAACUAAUUAAAAGGAUUAGAAAUAAAAAACAGUUAUUAAAAAAUAAAAAGAGGAUCAGUAAAAAAAUAAAAUUGUAGAUGAAUAAUCUAAUAAGACUAAAGAAAAUAUUUAAAAUACAGAACCAUAAAUUUUAAAUAAUCAAGAAAUUGAUAUGCAACUAUAAUAAAAAGAGUCUCAUGUGAAAUCCUUAAAAAAAGCUUUAAAGUUAGUUGAUACAGCUUAAGAAAAAGAAUUAGAAAUAAUACAUCCCUAGAUUGAAAUCUAAAAUUAAUAAAUUUAAGAGACAGAAAAAUAAUAAAUACCUGAAGUUAAGGUUGAAUAAAUAUAAUAGAAAGAUUCAGAAAUAUUAAAACCUACUGGAUACUAAAGUCCUUUAAUUGAUGAUAUUCCAAAAAUUGAAGAAGUGAAUCAAGUCAAAUAAAAAGAGAAAAAAAUAACUUAAAAGCUUGAUAAUUAUAUGUAAAGUUUUUCCUAAGACACUUACACUUAAAAAGUCUAAAAAAAAAAAUAAGAGGAUUAAAAAAAUAAAAUUGAAUCUAAAGAAAAAGAAACUAUUGAAAGAGAUUAAAUUUAACUAAUUUAACUUAAGGGACAAUCUCAUUCAGCUAAAGUUGUUUAUGAAGCUUCUGAAGAAUCUCUAAGAAAAUUUGAGGAAGAUUUUGAAAGAAGAAAAUGUACAUAUUUUAUUUAUACAUAUUAUAGAAGAGAAAAUGAAAGAAAUUAAAUAACAAUUGAUUCCUGAAAAUAAACCAACUAAGGUUAAAUUUUUAUCAUUAGUUCAGGAAGAUGAAUCCCUUAGGUAAUAUAAAGAUUUCUUUUACGAUUGA